CGUACUUACCUGUGUGAAACCAGGUUAGAGCAAUACCAGCUCUGCAAAAAACCUACUUUACUUACCUGUGUGAAAUCAGGUUAGAGCACAAUCUGCUCUCUCUGCACAAAACCUGCCUGCCUUACUACCAUUACAGCCUUUAAAAGCAUAAACCUGGUUUACUUACCGCCAUCACAACCUGUAGGCCCCAACACAUUCCCCAGUGUAGUGCUGAUGUCUGAACCGGAGGGAUUUAGGUUCCAGUCCCAGUUUGAUCACAAUUCCGUCACACCCCUUGAGCAACGUUCUGACCACCCCCCCGCCCUGCGUUGGCUCUUACGCUGUCCUGUAUGUGUGUGGAGGGCCCGCGCGGUUUCUCUGAAAAACACCCCCAGUUUAUGGGGUUUUUUGGGCGGUGGAAGGGUCUCCGGCCCUGGGAACUGACAGUCGUUUACUCUGAUUUGCAAAAUAAAGGGGGCUCAAAUAUAGUGACUGUGGGGGAAUGUUAUAUUUGGUCGUCAGCGCUGGCUUCUUUUAAGUGAUAGAACUCUCAUUAUUUAGUUCCCAUUGCACCAGGAUACUGAGUAAACAGCGCGCGGCGACCCUUUGUCAGCGCGAGGGCUCUUGUGCGCAGCGCCGUUAAAGCCUUCGCUUGCUCAGCGCUGCCCCGUCACUUUCACUCGGAUUCCUCUUUAAAGGGAUUUUCGCUCCGUCCGGAGACAUGAAAGCGCGUGAAGUCGAAUUGGAGACAUUAAAACAGCGGGAAAAGACCCAUGGAACUUUGCCAAGAGGACCUGACUUCCUCGCUCUGACAGGAUUUCGCAGCUGAAUAACGGCGUCGGCGAUUUCUACGCGACGCAAACCGUCGGCCGUAAUCUUUCAUCGUCCAUAAAGGCGGGUGGAUCAUUUGGCUCCCUGACCGGUCCGUAAUCCCGUUAUGACAUUAACGAACUAUAAAGACUUGGUGUGCCUCCGUAGUGCUAUGUGUAACCAUUCUAGUAAUCCCAUCGCCAUCGUUUCCCUCUGAAGACCCCCAAAUAUUUACCCAUGUCCUCCUGAGUAUUUUUCAUUAUUUCAAAAUAAAAUGGAAAUUCAAGGGACGCUUUUGGAACCUACGCUUUUGGACUUUGCCAGUGACGUUCACUUUCUAGAUUUAUCUCCAAAACCGGCAGCAAAGCUUAACUCGGUCACGUCUCUGCACAGCGCGGAUUUGCGGGGCCGAUUUUUGGAUAUCAUCUCCAUCCCCGGAGGAGACGAGGCGACGCGCUCCGCUCAGAGCGGCUAUCCGCGGACGGGCGACACGCCCGCGCUUGGCACGGCCUCGCUCACGGGGAGGUCAAAGAGGAAGCGCGUGAUCACCACCGUCCAGCGGCAGGCCGCGAACAUCAGGGAACGGAGGCGGAUGUUCAGCCUGAACGAGGCUUUCGAUGACCUGCGGAAGAAGGUGCCCACCUUCGCCUACGAGAAGAGGUUGUCCCGGAUCGAAACUCUGAGACUCGCCAUAGUGUACAUCUCCUUUAUGACGGAUCUGCUGGAGGAAAAUAACGCGCCUAUCGGCUGAUUAGCUAAUUGAUAAAGUGUUAAAUAAUAUUAGUUGUAAACAGUAUUAUUAAUUUCGUAUCCAUAAUUGCGUCGCAUAAUAACAUGUUCUCAAUUGAUGUUUUGUUGUCUCUUUUGUUAACGUCACCAUAGUAAUCUCAGAACCGUUGUUUUUGGUGUGACCUUUGUCGUUGUAAUUAUUUUCACUGUUACAACUUGAGUACUAAUAUGCAUUUCCACUCACGAGAGAAUACAAUCCGACAUUUAUAAACCUGGAUUUGUCAGAAAGCGUCUGAUUUUAAUCAAAUACGCUUUGAUCUGGGGAACUUAUUUCUUGUGACUUAAACUACUGUUGAG